AUGGCCGUGCUCGCGCUCCUCCUCCUGAUCAGCGGCCUCAUCCUGCUCCCGGCCUACACCAUCUACCGGCCCCCGAACCUGCUGAUCCGAUACUUCCAGCACCGCUGGCCCGACACCACGUUCCACGUGCCGCUCCCGCCAUCCACCCCCCCGACGAUCGCGCUGACGAUCGACGAUGCGCCGUCGACGUUUACCCCGCAGAUCCUCGAGAUUUUGCGGGCGAACGAGGCGCGCGCGACGUUCUUCGUGAUCGGGGCGCAGAUCCCGGUGGCCGGGAUCGGGCCCGACGGGAAGAAUGGCGAGGCCAUGCUGCGCGAGCUGGUGCUGCAGGGCAUGGAGCUGGCGAAUCAUGCGAUGUCGGAUCGCCCGUCCCGGGAUCUGAGCGAUGCGGUGCUGGAGGCGGAGGUCAGGGGCGUGCAGGGCUGGUUGGAGCGGGUGGAGGAUCAGGUGGCUUCGGCCUCGGCUUCGGGGGAACGGGGGCCAGGGGAGGGAGCGGAAGGCAAGGCGACGGCCAAGUCCAAAUAUAAAUGGUUCCGGCCGGGGUCCGGGUUCUUCUCGGAUCGGAUGCGGGUGCUCAUCCACAGACUGGGGUUGCGGAUUGCGCUGGGCAGUGUGUACCCGCAUGAUGCGCAGAUCAAUUGGCCCCGGGUCAAUGCGUGGCAUAUUCUCAGUAUGGUGCGGUCGGGCAGUGUGAUUGUCUGUCAUGAUCGGAGGGGGUGGACGGUGCCGAUGCUGAAGCGGGUGUUGCCGGAGUUGAAGAGGAGGGGGUUCCGUGUGGUGACGCUGAGUGAGUUGGUGGAGUUGGGGGAGCAGAGUCAACUGCCGAAGCAGAUUAGUACCUAG